AUAAAAAAUAAAAAAUAAAAUAAUGUCUUUGUUAAACAUUAACUAUAUAGAACGUGAUAAAAUAUUCCGCAGUAAGGAAUAAAUCGAAUGUAAAAUAUUCUCUAAUAUCAAACAAGCAAGUAUAGAAGUAGCCCGUGAAAUAAAAGAUCUAAUCCUAAAAAAAUAAAAAGACAAUCUUCCCUGUGUAUUAGGUUUAGCAACUGGUUCAACACCCAUUGGAGUAUAUGAUGAAUUAAAAAGAAUGCAUAAAGAAGAAAAUUUAUCAUUUAAAAACGUAGUAACAUUUAAUUUAGAUGAAUACUAUCCUAUAAAAAAAGAACAUUUCUAAAGUUACAACUAUUACAUGAACGAAAGAUUGUUUAAUCAUCUUGAUAUUCCUAUAUAAAACAUAAAUAUCCCUGACGGAAAUAUAGAAUAAAAAGAUAUAUAUAGCUAUUGUAUUUAAUACGAAAAAAAAUAGAAUCUUACGGUGGUUUAGAUUUCUAAUUAUUAGGAAUUGGUGCUACAGGUCAUAUAGGUUUUAAUGAGCCUGGUUCUACAAUAGAUUCGAAGACCCGUUUAAUAAAUCUGGACAAGAAAACCCGAAUGGAUGCCGCCUCAUCAUUUAUGGGAACCGAAAACGUACCUAAAUAUGCCAUAACAAUGGGUAUAUCUACUAUAAUGAAAGCUAAAAGAAUUAUUAUAAUGGGUUUUUCUGAAGUCAAAGCUAAAAUAAUUGCCUAAACAGUCGAAGGUAAAGUUACAGUAGAAUAUCCAGCCUCUUUUCUACAAUAACACUCUAAUGUAGCUUUUUAUAUGGACCAUCCUGCAGCUGAAAAAUUGACUAGAUAUGUAGCUCCUUGGACUAUUAAAGGUGUAAAUACAGAUCCGAAUAUGAAGUACGAUGAUUAUUGGACUAAGAAAGCUGUCAUAUGGCUUUCUUUGAAAUUAAAUAAACCCAUUCUAAGUCUAAUCGAAAGCGAUUAUGAAGAUAAUGACCUUUUAGAACUACUUAAUUAGGUUGGAAAUGGUCACGCAGGAAUUGUCAAUUUGAAAGUCUUCAAAGAUCUCCAAAAUAAAAUCACAGGAUGGCCUGCUGGAGGUCGCCCUGAUGAAGACAAAGACGAUUACUUUAAAAAAAAAUCUGUAAACUUAAAAACUGUACUUAUUUUUUCCCCUCAUCCGGAUGAUGAUGUUAUUUGUAUGGCUGGAACUAUGGAAAAGUUAGUCAAAUAAGGCCACUGUGUCCAUGUUGCAUAUUAAACAAGUGGAAAUAUAGCCGUAUUUGAUCAUGAUGCAGCACGUUUUACAGAUUUUGUAUAAGAAUUUAUUAAAAAAUUCAAACUAUAUGACUCUUGUGACUAAAUAUUUAAAAUAUGUAAUUAAAUAAACACAUCUUUAUAACAAAAAACACCCGAAAAACAUGAUGACUCUAAUAUUUUAGCAGUGAAAGGACUUAUAAGAAGAUGUGAAGCACGUUCUGCUGCUAUACAUACAGGAGUUCUAAAAGAAAAUAUAUAUUCAUUAGAUCUUCCUUUUUAUGAAACUGGUGCUAUAAAAAAAAAUCCUAAAGGACCUGAAGAUAUCAAAAUAAUAAAAGAUUUAAUUAUUAAAAUUAAUCCAGAUAUGAUAUUUGCAGCUGGAGAUUUAACUGACCCACAUGGAACUCAUAGAGUAUGUUUAGAAACUAUUUUAGCAGCUUUAGAUGAAUUAGAAAAAGAAAAAAUAAUAUUUUAAAUAAAUUAGAAGUACUAUUAUAUAGAGGAGCAUGGUAAGAAUGGGAUAUAGAAAAUAUUUGUAUUGCCUGUCCACUGGGUCCUGAUGAAAUGUAAAGAAAAAAAGAAGCAAUAUUCCGACAUUAAAGUUAGAAAGAUUGCGCUAUGUAUCCAGGAAACGAUAAAAGAGAGUUCUGGUAAAGGGCUUGGGAUAGAAAUGUUAAUACAGCUUAGAAUUUUAGAAAAUUAGGAUUGACCGCUUUUGAAGGAAUUGAAUGUUUUGUUAAUUUAGAAUAUUUAAUUAAUUAGGAUAUUAAAUGAUUUUUUUUUUUUUUAUUAUUAUUCAUUUAUAAUUUUCUAUUAUUUGUAGUAUUUCGUUUAUAUUUUCUUCGGAUAUUU